AUGCGACUGGUUAAACCAUUUGAAAUACUCAAAAAUGCAAAUAUUGUUGCGAUUUGGUUGAAUGGCGAGAUUUCAGCAGAAAGAGAUUUUUGGCUGAAAAUUUGGAAUGAUGCGAAAUAUCGAUUGGCUUGUGAUGGAGCUGCGAAUCGAAUUGGAAAAAGGUUCGAAAAUAUUCAUUUGGAGCAGAGAACUCAAUGGCUAAAGAACAAACAGCUGUUCUUUCCAGUUGUAAAAAAAUUAUUUUUCUUUUUUGUUUUUCAGGAACGAUGUUCUCAAAAAACCCGAUUAUUUAUGUGGAGAUUUCGAUUCUGUAACAAAGGCUGAAAAGGAGAAAUAUUUCAGGUAAUAAAGAGGAAGUUUCUCAGAGAAAGAGAGGAAAAAUAUGUUAUUUUCAGAUUAGUCCAUCUUCCCGAUCAAGAUAAAACAGAUCUUCAGAAGACGAUUGAAUUUAGCAAUGAAAACAAGAAAGAUGUGAGUUUUCAAAGGGAUUUUGAUUUUGAAAAAAAAUAUUUUGAGACACUACUUUUCCUAUUCAGAAAAAUUUCGAAAAACUAAAUAUUAUUUCGAGUAGAGACAACGGAAAAUUGAGAGAGUAUCGACAGAAAAAAACAGAAACUAUAUAAUUUUCAGUCUGGACUCUAUCAAUUUUAGGUUGUCUCUAAUCAAAAUAAUGUUUUUUAAAAAUAUUAGGCUGCAUUUGCUCAUUUCAUAAAUUCUUCUCGAUUUCACUACAAAAUAUCUUCAUAAGCUAAAUUUCAGUGGAAUUUCGAUGAAAUAAUUCUAUUGGGAGGUUUGAAUGGCCGUUUCGAUCAUACAAUGUCAACUCUUUCCACUCUCGUCAAAUUCAAAAAUCAAAAUAUAAUCGCAAUCGAUGGCGAUAAUCUUGUUUUUUGUAUAGCUGAAGGAGAAUCUGAGAUUGAAAUAGAAGUCGGAAAAACUACUAGAAUCUGUGGAAUUAUGCCAAUUUUACAACGGGAAACAAUUGUGACAACAAAUGGAUUACGAUGGAAUUUAGGUUGGUUUUUUUUAAAAAUUCAAAUAUGUUUUUCAAAAGUAUUUUUUGCAGAUAAAACUCCCUUGGAAUUCGGAACUUUGAUAAGUUCUUCAAAUGAAUUAACGAGUAAUAAAGUUUACCUCAACACAAAUAAUCCACUUAUUUUUACACUUGAAAUAAAAUAAAGAUUUGAUAAGUUCUUGAAAAUAUGUACAUGACAUCUGGAAUUUUCCAUCUUCAAUUAGAUACCUUUAAUUCAAAUUCAGGAUAAUGAAAAAACAUUCCAGAUGAUUCUUCGAAUUUUUCGACGUAGUUUUAGCCAAAAAAUACAGCAACACCAACUCCAACACGAGUAUGAUUUGAUUGUGAUUGGUGGAGGAUCGGGUGGAUUGUCAUGCUCAAAAGCUGCGUGAGUAUUUAUUUCACUUAUAAAAAAUGGAAAAUAUUUUUCUAGAUCAGAUCUUGGUGCGCGGGUUGCUUUAAUUGAUGCAGUGCAGCCGACUCCGGAUGGAAAAAGUUGGGGAAUUGGAGGAACUUGCGCAAAUGUUGGAUGUAUUCCCAAAAAAUUGAUGCAUCAUGCAGCGAUUGUUGGAAGAGAGGUUGGUAAAAACAUCGGGACAGGCCAGGCCCGAUGUUUUUCGAGGCAUCUGGAAAGUCAGCCCGGGCUUCAAAAUUAUCCAAAAUCUAUGUUACAGUUAAAACAUGCUGAAAAAUAUGGAUGGAAAAGUUCGGGAAACUCCCAACAUAAUUGGUCAACUCUGGUGGAAGUGGUGAAUGAUAGAAUAAAAGCGAAUAAUUGGGUUUAUCGAGUACAGUUGAAUGAGAAGUGAGUGGAAUUUGGAGAUUUGUUGGUUAGGGUCAGUAAAAAUCAUAUUUGAAGCCCGAGUUCCAAAACCAGCAUUACUUACCAAAAUUUUGCAUGGAAAUAGGCUUGGGAAAUUAUUUUGUUCUGUAGUUUCAGUUACUGAAUAAGGUGUGACAGUUUUAGAAUAUUUAGCCGUUUUCUGCUGGAGGUUUUAUCCUACAUCAUAAAAAUUUUCAAUUCCCACACCCAUUUUUUCCAGAGGAAUAAAAUACUACAAUGCAUUUGGCACAAUAAUCGAUCGAAAUACUGUUUCAACUCAAGGAGUUGAUAAAAAGAAAACUUCAAAUAUUCUCAAAGCAAAAAAUAUCGUGAUCUCAACAGGACUUCGACCAAUUUAUCCGAAAAUUGAAGGAGCCGAACUCGGAAUCACAUCGGAUGAUUUGUUUUCGCUUGAAAAAUCGCCCGGAAAAACACUAGUUGUUGGAGGUGGAUAUGUUGCUUUGGAAUGUGCUGGAUUAUUGGCAGAUCUUGGACACGAUGUUGAUUUAUUGAUAAGAUCUGAACCACUCAAGAAUUUUGAUAAGGUUGUUUUUUUUGUUUUUAGAAAUUUUGGUUUUUACCCAUAUUAUUUUUUGAACAGGAUUGCGUUGAUAAAGUGGUAUCAAAUUUGGAAUCUCAUGGAGUUAAUAUAAAAUGGAGAGAUGAAGUGGUGAAAGUUGAAAAAUCUGGAGAAAAUCUGGAGAAAAAACGAGUUCACUUCAAAAAUUCAGAUGAUCCUAUUCAAUAUGAUACAGUAAUCUGGGCGAUGGGAAGGAAACCGAAUAUUUCGAAAAUUGGUUUGGAAAAUGUGAAAGUAUCGCAAUCGGCGAAGAAUGGAAGGAUUUUGGCGGAUGAAUUUGAUCGAACUAGUCAAGAUGGAAUUUAUGCGAUUGGUGAUAUUGUAUUUAAUCGAAAUGAAUUGACACCUUUAGCAAUUCAAUCGGGAAAAUUAUUGGCGAAAAGAUUGUUUGAUGGAAGUAAAGAAAUAGUGGAAUAUGAGAAGGUGGCGACUACUGUAUUUACACCAUUGGAAUUAUCAACUAUUGGAUUGACUGAACACGAUGCUUUGAGAUUAUAUGGAGAACAUGAUAUUGAGGUGGGCGGACCUGAGUAUAGUUAUGGAAAAAUUUGCAAUUCAUUUUAAUUUUUGGAAGCCGAAAAUCUCGAAAUUUUCAACGUUUUAGAUACAACAAAAAUUCCUAUUUUUAGCCCAAAAAUCUGGAAUUUCUCGAGUUUUCCUAAUUCACAGAAGACACGGGGACUAAGAGGACUAGGAUGUAAAUCUAGUCCCCCUGAUGUUUUUGAGAUUUUUCUUGAGCUCAUGGAGCAUUUUUGUGAUCUUUUGACGGUCAAAACGUGAUUUUUUGAAAGUCAAAAGUAUUCAGGUGAUGAACUUCCGUUCCCAAAACAAUUUAUUCACAAACCUCUUUAUUUUCCAGAUCUAUCAUUCCUACUUCACACCAUUCGAACACGUCAUUUCACAAGAUUCUGACAGCAAAUAUUGUUAUGUGAAAUUGAUUUGUAUGCGAAAUGAGCCACAAAAUAUCCUUGGACUUCAUUUUGUUGGACCAAAUGCUGCCGAAAUUAUGCAAGGUAACCUGCAAAAUUGAGGGGUUUCGAUGUGAAAAAAAAAACACAUGUUCAAAUGACCAGAUGUCGUUUUUCUCUCUUUUUUUUCAAUUUCAAAAUCGAUUUUUUCAGGUUUCGCAGUCGCAUUUCGACGUGGAAUCACUUUCUCGGAUAUCAAAUCAACAAUUGCGAUUCAUCCAUGUUCAGCUGAAGAAUUUUUGAAACUUCAAAUCACAAAAAGAUCGGGGCUUGAUCCAAGAGUUGCUGGAUGUUGUGGUUAA